AUGUCAAGAAAACCGAGCAAGUCGCGGGAAAACCCUGCAGCAGCCGAAAGGCUAGCUGAUUGGAAAGGCGGAGAAACCUGUGUCGGGCAGUCUCCUUUGUCGAUUGCAGAUGACUCACCAGAGUAUGACAGAGGAGCUUUUGGUCAGGAGGAUGAUGAUUUGGAGGCUGGUAUUGAGACGCUAGGCUUCAAAGAUGGAGACCGAGAUAAGUUGCAGGACAAGAAAAGUAGCAUGUCCUCGCUGGCGAUCGACCCCAUCUCGGGGAAAAAACAGGUGUCUGUUACCAUGCCUGGACAGAGCAAGGCCAAGCCAUGUGUCCCACAGAGGCCAUCUGUCAAGGCAGAUUUGGAUGUUGCAAAAGAAUUCAAGAAAUGUAAAGAAGAAGGUGCAACACGAUUGGAUCUCAGUAAAUCCCAGAUUUCUAUGCUGCCGACCAGCAUCAAAGAGCUGACCCAGCUGACAGAGUUGUACCUCUACAGCAACCGACUCACCCACCUGCCACCAGAGAUUGGAUUACUGACUGGGCUCAUGACGCUGGCAUUGAGUGAGAACUCUAUAUCCAGCCUGCCAGAGUCGUUUGCCUCACUGACCAAACUACGGGUGCUGGAUCUCAGGCACAACAAGUUACAAGAGAUCCCAGCAGUUGUCUACAAGCUGCGCUCGCUGACGACUUUAUUCCUUAGGUUUAACAGAAUUCGGGUCGUGGAGGAGGAGAUUAGCAAUUUAACUAAUUUAAGAAAGUUUAGUUUACGUGAAAAUAAAAUCAAGGAACUUCCCAGUGGAAUUGGAAAGUUAGAAAAUCUGGUGACCUUUGACAUUUCGCAUAAUCAUCUCGAACAUUUGCCAGAUGAUAUCGGCAAGUGUGAGAUGCUGAACUCUCUUGACCUCCAGCACAAUGAACUCUUAGACAUCCCAGAAUCCAUUGGUAACCUCAAGGCAUUAAAUCGGCUUGGUCUCAGGUACAACCGGUUGAGUGUGAUUCCUGGCAACUUGGCCAACUGUAUAAACAUGGACGAGUUUAAUGUGGAGGGUAAUAACAUAUCGUCCUUACCGGAGGGACUAUUGUCCAGUUUGACCCAGCUGACCAGUAUCACAUUAUCCAGAAACAAGUUUGAAAAAUAUCCAACCGGAGGCCCGUCCCAGUUUUGUUCUGUAUAUUCCUUGAACAUGGAGCACAAUCGAGUGAACAACAUUCCUCUAGGGAUAUUCUCUCGUGCCAAACAUUUGACUAAACUCAACAUGAAGGACAACCAGUUAUCUGCACUGCCACUCGACAUGGGUAGCUGGCAGAACAUGGUUGAGCUCAACUUGGGCACUAACCAACUGACCAAAAUUCCAGACGACAUUCAGAACCUGCAGAAGCUGGAGGUGCUGAUCCUCAGCAACAAUGCUUUGAGGAGGUUACCACCAAACAUUGGCAACUUGAAGAAGCUGCGUGUCUUGGAUCUGGAAGAAAACAGACUAGAGUCAUUGCCACAGGAAAUAGGUCUGUUGCAAGAACUACAGAAAUUGAUUGUACAGUCCAAUCAGUUAACUUCACUGCCGAGAGCUAUUGAGUUUUUGAAGAAUUUGCAAUAUCUCGGUGCUGGUGAGAACAACCUGACCUCACUACCAAUGGAAAUCGGGGCCCUGGAAUCGCUGGAAUCCUUGUAUAUCAAUGACAACCAGGAGUUGCACAGCUUGCCCAGUGAGCUGGCCUUCUGCGGCAAUCUUCAGAUCAUGUCCAUAGAGAACUGCCCACUUAGUCAGAUCCCCGCAGACAUUGUUGCCCGAGGACCCUCCUUAGUUAUACAGUACUUGAAGCUGCAGAGCCAAUAUACAUAG